AUGGGACUGCCGGCAGUCGUCACGCCGUCGUUGCUCUCGGCAAUUAGGUCUUACCCUCGGCUACCACAAAACUCUUGGUACAUACUAGCAGCAACAGCACUGUCGACGCUCAAUCGGCCAGACGAGAUCCCGAAGGUCUUCCAGCACGCUCUCGAGCACGGCGGCGGGGCGAAGGACGUCAAGCCGUCACAGGAUGAGCAGCUUCAGAUUGCCCGGCGCACACGUGAAGCUCUGGUCAAGUCUGCCGCGAUCAUCGGCUUGCCAAAGACCAUUAAUGCAUUAUUCGCGUUGAAAGGUGUGACACCCAAACACCUUUUCGAUGAACCGACCUAUGGAAAGGGUGUUUCACCCACCAAUAGGACAGACGAUAUGUACAGGACACCCGUUUCGCAGAUAUUGCAAAGGGGCCAGAGCUUCUUCGAUCAAGUAUACGGCAAGGUGACGGGACGGGUCAUGGGCCAGAUGGAUAACUCCGGUACCGAAGACCUUGGACUGCUUGCCCGACUGGAGUAUGGCUACGUCCUGAGUCCAGUGGGGAUCUUGAAUGCCCCAGAGACAUCAUACGUGGUUCUGGCUAGCUUGAUACCACAAGACGUCAAUCCACAACUGAAGGGGCAUCUUGUUGGAGCACUGAACAACGGUGCGACGGAGGAGGAGGUCAAAGCCGUUCGCAGUGUCGUGAUCAAAGUCUGUGAAGCGUCUGGCAUGAAGAUGUUGGAUGAAAGCUCCUUAGAGGGGUGGGGUUGGAGGGACGGGGUCGCUCCAGUAAAGCUGCCUAAGUCUCCAGACUCCAAACUUUGA